CACAGGAUGUGAUGGCUGGACGGCAGCCGUGCGAUGUGGAGGGAAGAGUCAGCUGAGAGGAGCUUCUGGCCUGCGGUGCUCGUUUGGUUGCUAUCGAUCUGUGAGUGGGUGUGUGUGUGUGUGUGCGCGCGCUGAGGAUGUGAAAUCAAGAUGGUUAGGACUUACUGCCAAAAUAGUCAUCAGCUGAAAGUGAGCACCAUGGCCGCCUUCCAGCUGCUCUUCCCGCUGUUGGUCAGCUGCGUGGUGGCAUCCGCAAGUCCUCCCCGACACCUCCCUCCAUGCCAAGUUGUCCAGAUGGAUGCAUUUUGCAGCGAUCGGAGCCUCAGAGGUGCACCAGUCAACCUUCCUCAUGGCGUCCAAAUGCUGGACCUUUCUCGCAACCAGGUGCAAAAACUAACCCAGGAAACUCUGGCAAACCACACCGGCUUCCAUCGUCUGAAUCUUCACUCUAACAAGAUCCACUUCAUCCAGCCAGAUCUCUUCAAAGACAUGACUGAUCUAAAAGUUCUGGAUCUGUCCAGGAAUCAUCUGAAUGUUUACGCUCUUUCCAAAAUCAGCAUAGGCCGUCUUACAGCUGUAGAGUCACUUGAUCUUUCAAGCAACGGGCUGUACACAGGGAUGUCGGACUAUUUCCUGGCUGAUUCUCCGUCACUGGCAAACCUUUCUCUGAGCGGCAAUAGCAUCACCAAAAUAGCACAAAAUACUUUCAGUGGAGCCUCGUCCUUGAAAAAAAUCAGCCUCCACAAUAACGUCAUCCUGGAGAUUGAAGACGGAGCGUUUGAGUCCUUGCAUCAUCUGACUGAACUCGAUUUGUCCAAGAACUCAAUCGCGUGCAUCACAGACUUCAAUCUCUAUAAUUUAAAAGUGCUCAAUCUGAGCAAGAACAGCAUAGAGCUUUUCCAAAGCAGACAGUCAGCUCAUCCGUACAACCUUCUCUAUCUCGACCUGAGUGAAAACAAAAUGCCUUACUUUCCAUUUCUCCCCAGCGCCAACAUGCUUGAGUAUUUGGAUGUUUCACGAAACCGUCUUCAGAGCAUCAACGUCUCGGGAAGUCACGAAGAGAGGAGAAAGGUUAUGUUACAUAACCUUAGAUACCUGGACAUGAGUUACAACCAACUCAAAAGUACACCAGAGUCCUUUUUCAGCUGUUUAGUAUCCCUCGAGGUCCUGAACGUGAGUAAUAACUGCAUUGACUCAUUUUCUAUCACAUUUGAAGGCCUUCUACCAAAAGUGAAGAUUAUCAAUCUCAGCGAUAAUUCACUGCAGAGUCUGACAUUUGGGGAAAACAAUCUACAGUCGCUGGAACAGCUCUUCUUACAAGGAAACCGCCUCACCACCCUGGACCAUCAAGUAUUUCAAAGACUUCCAAGUAUCAGAUACCUGUACCUCCAGCAGAACAAUCUGAAAAUCUGUAACUUGGAGCAAAAGGAGUACGAACCGGUGCUGACGGACCGGAAUCAGCAGGAUCCUCCCGGUUGUGUUUUCUUUUCUUCUGUUUGCAACUUGCACUUCCUGUACCUCUCUGAAAACAAUCUGCAGACUCUGCCUGCGAAUGCAUUUGCCAACACCCCUCUGGAGUUACUGGACUUGUCCCUGAACCCAGGCUUAGACAUGGACAGAGACUCCCUCUCUGGUCUCGAGGACUCUCUGGUUCACCUCCUCCUGAGGGAAAACAACAUUUCCAGGUUAAACACAGAUCUGUCCUCGCUGAGGAGUCUCAGACACGUAGACCUGUCCACCAACCAGUUGACCUCUCUACCUAUGUGGAACAAACAGUUCUCCAUUGAAUCCUUAAACCUGCAGAACAACAAACUGGUCACCCUGGAGUACCGCACCAUGCUCGCUCUGGAGCACUCACUGAAAACCCUCUACAUGGGCUCCAACCCUCUGAACUGCUGCAGCAACCUCGGCUUCUUUCACCUGGUCCAGCGCUCAGCUGUGGACAUUCCCGACAUCGGGACCGUGACCUGUGUUCAUGAGGACUUUUCGGAGCCGGUCAACAUAAAGAAGUUGACCGAGGCAAUGUGUCACAGAUCAGGCACCUCAGGGUAUAUUACCAUUGUUGUACUGGUCUUGUUAGCUGUGAUGAUCGUGUCGGGGCUGCUGGUUAAAUGUUGCCAGUCAAGGAAACGAAAGCGUAACAGGAGCUUUAAUGCAUGACAUGAAUGAACAGUGCACAUGCAGGACAAUGAAGAAAUUUAUAUUUGGAACUUUUCCAGUUUCUGUUCACAAGAUGGUUGGUGGUUUUAACCAGGUGCAACUUAGAAACAUGAAUGUAGUGUCUGUGGUGUCACCCAAAGACUCACCCAAAGGACAAUUUGAAGAUUUGACUUGGGUUUACCACUACCAUCUUUUUUUAAAUAGAGUAAAUAAAUCCAGAUCUGGUCAACGUGGAAGAAGGUGAUCUGGAUAAUGCAAUAAACAAGCGCAGUGGUUCACUGAUAGGCUGAGACACCUGUCAGACACAAAACAUGUGCCUUAAAACAAUGUCUCUGAAGAAAAAGUAAAAUGGACAAACCACAGAAGCCAGAACCGUUUUGCUGUGUUCGGUGAUCAAAGUCCUGCAAAUGACGUGAGGCGAAAAUUAGUUUUGCUUUCUGUCUGAACACACCAUUAUGGCAGUGUUUCAUGUUUUGUUUUAAUAUCAAGCCACAUGCUGCACAUCAGUUUAUUGAAUGUAGAAGGAAAAUCCACAGUGAAACACUUCAUCACUGUCUCUCCCACAUCGGCCUAAAUGGAGCAGGCUGACAUGCAGCCAUGAAAUGAUUGUUUUUUUGGGGCACAUUCUUAUUUAGCUUUCUUGCUGAAAGCUUGGUGAGAAGAUCAGAUGAAUAUUUGUACCAUGUCUGUAUUCUAAAUGUGAAGCUACAGUCAGGAGCCAGUUAGCUUAGCUUAGUAUAAAGGAAAAAGGGGGACGCUGACAGCAACUGAUUUGGAUAUGGAUAACCAAAUCCUUCUGCCAGCACCUCAGGCAAACUGUAAGACACAUGACACAUCAUUUGUUUGAUUCACACAGAAACCAAAGUUGUGGUUUUACAUGGGGUCAUGUGUCCGACUGUUUGUUGGCCACAUGCAGCAACAACCAGGAAGUUGCAAUAAACACAGGACAUUGAACGGAACCUUAACCGAGAGUACCUCAAAAAGAUUCUCGAUAGGACCCCAUCGCUCACAGUUUGUUGAGAAAGAGUAUGUGUUUUUGGUGAACUUACCCUUUAAGAGAAUGCAAAAGGUGUUGAACAAAAUGAGAUGUAAGACAUUAAUUAGUGAGAUUUAGAGGUACAGUGGUACAGUAGAUGGGUUUUGUUACCCGAGACCGAGCCAAGCUCCCCUGGUUUCCAGUCUUCAUGCUAAGCUAAGCUAAGCUAAGCUAAGCUAAGCUAAGCUAAGCUAACCAGCUAGAAUUUAUUGUACAGACGUGAAUGGUAUCAGUCUCCUCCUAUAACUCUCAGCAAGAACACAAGUGUAAUUCCCAAAAUGUCCAAUUAUUCCUUUAAGGGUAAAUGAAGGUAAAAGUGGGCGGGGUCAGCGUUGGUUCAGAUAACUAACAGUGUAAAAUUAUCUGAGAGAGAUAAGUGGAAUUUUCCUUUAAGCUAAAACUAAAGACCACAACACUAUGAUAGGUAGAUAAUGAAGUAUGAUUAAGUGGAGACGUACAUGCAGGCUGGGAGUCAUCUGUGAUGACCCCACUAACACUUAAAAAGAGUUUUUUUAUUUUUUACUUUUUAUAGCAGUCCAAGCCGUCCUUUUACUCUUUAUGUAGUUUGCACUUUAUAUUUGCCUUUAUUUGUGGGACUUGUUCUGUAUCUUGUUCUCUUACUGUUAACACUAAGACAUGAGUAAUGCUAUAAUUCCAAGAGCAUAUGUCGAUAUAAUUUAUUAUUAUUUUUUUAUACUAUAAAGACUAAGCUGGAUAUUUUGAACAGUUGUGUUUUCUGUACUGAUCCCAGGCCUGUGGUGCUCCCCCUGGACAUAAUAUUGACUGAUUUGACAUGACAAUGUUUAAAAUACCCAUUAGGGGUGAAGUUAAAAGGUUGCCUAAGCACUGAAAUUAAUAACUGUGACACAAUGAUAUAGAAGUACAAUAUUUUAUUGUUUUAAAUAAAUAAAUGAAUAUGAACUCCAGCGCUGUAUUGUAGUGGGCGACACUGGGAUCCACAGUUUCAUAGGAUUUUAAUGUAAAACUAUUAUUGUUAUUAUUAUUAUCAUUAUUAUUAUUGUUGUUGUUGUUAUCAAGUCAAUUGAAAUAAUUUGUGUGACUUUAGUAAACAAUGUAAGCAAUUGUUUGUACCAAAUGAAAGACAUUUUCUACACAUACCACUGUGUGAGAAAUUAUUUGUGUGACAAAGAACACAUAAACCUCUGAACACUGA